CCAUUCACCUGCGUGGAAGUCAGGACUUGAACAGGAACCCUGGGAGCCGUGACUGCAGGUGGGAUAUGCAGGGAGAUGUAGCCGUGUUGGACCAACCCUAACAAGCACUCAGCCCACCUUGUACCUUACAUAGGUACAAGUCUUUAAGUUUCACUAGUAAUGAAUAGUUCUGAAGUUUGCAGAUGGCCUACUUAUUGACCCAAAGAAUGGUCAGGGGUUAGGAAUGUGACUCCGUCGGUAGAUUGCUUGCACAGCGUGCAUGAAGCCUUGGACUCCAUCCUCAGCACCAUUUGAAAUGGGCACAUCUGUCAUCCCUAGCGCUUGGGAGAUGGAGACACUGAGGAUCAAAAGUGAAAGGCUAUCACUGGCUACCUAAUGAAUUCGAGGCCAUCCUUGGCUACAUGAGACUGUCUCAAGUAACGCAACACCAAACGAAACCCAAUCCAACCAGAACACUCAGUGAAGUGUUAUUUUCAGUUAAGAAGUGAGAGGAAGACGCUAUAUCAUUGUGCGCCUUGAAAAUGUGCUGAGUAAGAAGCCAGACGCCGCCCCUCCCCAAGCCGUUAUUAAGUGAUUCUAGAGACACAGAGUAUCCAGGAUUGCCAGCCUGAGGAGAGAAGGGGGGCAGAUGAGUGGUUAUGGGAUAUGAAGUAGGGGGUGAGGGGAGAGACUACUCUGGGGACAGGGCUAGCGUGUGUUCAGAAACCGACAGAUGUCAUUGCUGACAAUGUAAAUGAACUAAGCCCCACUUGAUCGUACACGUUAGAGCUCUAGAACAUUAGCUUUUUAUGUGAUCUGUCAUUUAUAUCCAAGCCAAGCACAUGCCUGGCCUUAUGACACUGUGGUUAUUGGUGGGUGUGUUGCUAAAGGGGUCAUCUGUGUGCACUGAGGCUGAGCAGAGCAUUGUCCUGCCCUGGUCAGGUUCUACCUUUCUAAGGAACCGGAGAUCCAGAGAGCGCUAGUGACUUGCCCAAGGCCACAGAGCAAGCUGCUGGGUUGAUUGUUAAGAUCCUAGCUUCAGUCUGCUCUGAGAAUGUCACAGUGGGGGAAGUUACUGGGUACACCUGAUGGAAUUGUUAUUUUGUGCCUUCCAAGGGUGCUGGGGAUUCUGCCCUGGUGGAAAAUGCCCUAGGUUAACUCUGGAGAUUUUGGCCUGUGUCUGCAUGGAUGUUCUAGAAUAAUUCUAGCCGCACCACUUGGUUUGGAUGUUGAGCAGAAGGAAUCUAUUGUGGGUGAAUGUGCACACGAGGCUGUGAUGGGGGUAUCUCCAUGGCACGCUGUGGCUGCUUUUCUGUUGUGUGUGUGUGUGUGUGUGUGUGUGUGUGUGUGUGUGUGUGUAUUUGUGAGCAGGUGUGUGUGUAUUUGUGUGCAGGUGUGUGUGUGUGUGUGUGUGUGUGUGUGUGUGUACAUAGGUACAUGUGAAAGCCAGAGAUCAUCCUCAGGUGUCUCCUUCAGUCGGUCUCUGCUUGUUUUUAUGAGACAGUUACUGGAACGUAGCGAUUUGUCUCGGCUGGCUGCCUGGCGAGCUCCAGGGACCCUCUUGUGUCUGCCUCCUCAGUACCAGGAUCUAAGUGCUUGCUACCACACCCAGUCCUUUUCCAUGAGUCCUGGGAAUUGAACUCAUGUCCUUGUGCUUGUGCAGUAAGCCCUUGAACGACAGAACCAUUUCCUCAGCCCUGCUCUUUUCCUUUCGGCUGCGAGCAUCUGGCAUGACAAGAAAUAAGCCUUUCUAGGACCCAGUUCACUACUCGUUCUGCUUUAAGACCAUUGUGAGCCCAGCGCAGGGUGGAUGACUCUGUGUUUAUGGUAUCACGAAUCACAUGGGCAUCAGUGGGCUCUGGAAACACUGCUGUAUCAGAAGAGGGCUUCAAACUAAGCCAGCCCCAUGUGGCUCGGUCCUUUUGGGAGCAGCUUUCUAAUAUGCUGUCCUGGUAGUGAAAAUGCCCUAGUUAUGAUGGUGCCAUCUGAAGAGACUGAGCUGGCAUAGAGGGAAAGGUGUGUUUAUUUAAUCUUUAGGAGAAGCAGGAGAAGGUUCUUGGAAAUGUCAUUAUCUUGGGAAAGCAUUCUGAAGUAAGAUCCAGGGACAAGGAAUGACAAGCCCUGAGUCUUCUUACUCUGGACUUUUGGGAGUGGCCUCUCCUGUCCAAGCCUAGCUGUCUUACCUGAGCAUGAGCAGUAUGCCAGCCUUCAUAGCCCCUGGAGCUGCUGUGAGGCAAUAGCUUUGCCAGGCUUUCUUACCUAUGCAGGCAUUUGUGGAGUGGUGAACCUGAGGGGCAGGUGGGAUUGAGAGAUGAAAUGAUUGCCCUUGCUUUGUCUCUGGUUUCUCAGGGGAAAUGACCUGGAAUACCUGGGGUCUCUUCUGCCAUUGACCACAGGGUCUGCCCCUUCCCUUUAGGGAUUACGCAUAUUCCUCCAACCUAACACUAACCAAUCUCGAUCCUGCUUAGUUGUAUUGGACCAGAUGGAGAUCAGGUGUGCUCAUGUGGAGUGGCCAGAGACUUAAUUGCAUUCUUUCUGGUCACCGGAAGGCCAAUGCAUUUUGAGUGACUGGCAUUGACCUUAGGACCCUCUAGUCCCGCCAUGCUAGUCAGGUCAUAGUAGGGUGGGAUGGUGGGGGGUGAUGGGAGUGAGUAUGUGUUGGGGACAUGCACUGGAAUCUGUGUCCCAUCCAGGAGAGGCGAGCAGGGUGAGUCAGAAGGGACCACUGCCCACUGCUUUUCCUUUUAAAACGUCGUGUUGUUCACACAGCCACCGCGCCCUUGCCGAGAACUGUGUGUAAAGCACUUACAAUACGCAAAAGGCGGCUCUCUUCAAGAUGAGCUGGCCCAGCCACCCUUCGAAGCCAGUGGGAUUUGUGUGAACAUUCAGGUCCUUCCUUGGCCACAGGAAUUUGGGGUCUGCCUGGGGUACUGGUCAGGGCUAGUGCAGACUGGCGGAUGUGGAUGGAUGUGGUACAGACUGAGAUUCUGGCAAACAGGUAUAAGCCUGAGUUUCUCCAUGGCCUUAGUUGGUUGGUCUGGAGCAGGGACAGACUGAAGUAGAUGGGUAAGACCUGGACUCAUUCUGUUCCUGUGGACUGGUAUAUGGUCCCCUAGCUGGGUACUGAAAGGUCUCUGGUGCCCAGCACUGUCUGGAUCUGUCUUCACUCCCUCUGGCUGGGGCUUGCCCUGGCCCUUCCCAGGCAUGCUAUAUGCACCUGCUGCCACAUUCAUCGGCUGUCAUAUAUCGUGGAGUGUGUCCCAGCCUUUCACACCCUUCUCUCUGUCCUUUGUUCCCAGAAUGGUUCCACCUCCCUUGCCUUGGUUACCCCCAGCUCUCUCUCUAACCACCUUUCCUUUCUCUGAAUGUCUGCUGAGUCACUUCCUGCCUAGGGCGCAGAGCUCAGUAAAUAUUUUUGAAUGUAUUAAUUUGGCCCUUCUCCACAAAGGUAACUCGCCCAUGUGUCAUUCAUCCGCCCAGUUCUGACUGCUGGAGUUCCCUGUUCGGAAGCCCUGUCUUGUGCCUGCCUUGCUCUCCUCCCCCCUGCCUUCCACCACUCGUGGGGGGAAGUCCAGGGUGCUGUGAUGAAGGGUGCGGGUUGGACGAGAGUUUGAGGAAACAGCAGAGACCUGUGCAGAUAUGAGUUAAGGAUUGAUUGAGUUCAAGCUGUCUACCUGUGACCUGACCUGGUGGUCAUGGCUUAGGGCACCCAGAACAGGUGGAGAGCUAGGUGCUACUGGCCCAGAAAUAGGAGCUCAGUACUCCACGCACUGGUUGGGGCUUCUGGUUCAUCAGCUCACUUGGCCCUCUCCUCUUGGAUGCUGGUGGCUUUGGCUUGUCCAUGUGCGGCAGCCCAGCGUCUACUCUUCUUCAUUCCUGUAUGGUUUUCCUAUGCAUCUAUUCGGCAGAACACUGGGCCUGAACUGAGGCCAACACUGAUGGCUUCCAUCGCCUUUUAAUCCUGGGGAAGCCUGGUACUCUGUCACUUCUAGUAACCAACGAGGGCAUAGGGGGGCUACUGUGUAACCCCCUCUUUGUAUCUAGCUUGUUCCUAGGCCCUAGUAAAUGCUCAGUGUGGGUUGGUCAGUGAGGCCAUGUGACUUAUUAAGUAGCUUCGCCUUUUCUGAGGUGCUGACAUUGAAGCUAUUGGAGGUGACUAUACAGAAGGGAGCUGGGGACCUGGAGGAAGGAAGAAAGGGGGUCAGUGCUGAGCUGUGUGUAACAGGCCCUGCUUUUCAAAGAGCCUGGCCUGCUGGGUUUGUUGUGGCAAUGUUCAAAGGCAGGAAAGUAGAUACCAUCAGGCUUCAGCCUGCUCACCCCCACACCUCCUCUGCCUCUAACAGCCCGGAGUGUCACCCAGGGUAGGCAGGCAGGGCAGGCGUGGGUACUUUUCAUCUUUUAUAAACUCUACGCUAGCACAGUGCAUGCUGCUUCCUUGUCCUCGGAGAGUUUGGUGAAUGAAUGAGUUCAUGCUUUCCUGUUCUCACGGGAGUGGGUGGGUGCCGGUGUGUACAUUGAGCGGCAGCACCCGUGGGGGGGAUGAGGCAUGCUAGCAUGGAAUGCCUCAUCACAGAAGAAAAUAGACCUCUACGAAGAAACUGUCCUGUGGGGUGAGGUGGGGAUAACUAUAGCACUUGAGAAGCUGAGACAGGAGGAUUAUGGAUUUCAGAUCAGAGCGAGACUCCUGCCUCAAACAUGUCCAAACUGAAGUAAAACCAAGUCAAGUGUGGUGGCUCAGGACUGUAAAACCAGCACUUGGGAGGCUGAGGCAGGAGGAUUGCUUUGAGUUCACAGUUCAAAGCUAGCUGGAGAUAAAUAAUGUUGAAAACCAACCAAUGGGACAAACAAACCAAGGCUUGUCUUUUGAUUCAUCUUCAGUGGUUCAAGUGGCUCCGUGCCAUCCUUGCUUGGGUCCCAGUUCAGAAACAUCUGAGCCUAUUACCCUCUGUUUCUGGGCAGCAGUGGCGGAGGUGGCAGGGGGAGGGGCAAACUUCUGCACACACUAUCAGCAUCCAUUUGCACUGUGGGCAGUACCCUCCUGCCAGCCCGUUUCCCAUUAAUCCCAUCUGUUGUGGCAGGUGGCAGAGGACAGAUGACUUUGGCAAGGGAUUUGGCACACGUGGCCAGGUUUAUACUGGAUCUCUAUAGUCCCACUAUCUGGUUAUCUUGUUUCCUCGAUGGUCAUUGUCACACUAGAAAGUACUUCCUGUGUGGGCUUCACCCACCCUCUUCCCUUCUCGCAGACCAGAUGAACGUGCAACCCGCAGCAUGUGAACAAAUCCGUACCCUUCAGAGCUGGGGUUUGCUGUGCACCUCUGGAACCUUUCCUCUGUGUCUUGGGGCCCGGCAUUUCUCACACACUAAACACUGACCCCUGCUUUCUAGGGGCAGGAAGGACAGGCCGUGGCCUACGUGUGAAACAAACUUCGCAGAGCUUUUGAUCUUGCUUCUUGGUGGCACCACUCCAGGGCUUCAAUGUCACCCACCUGAUCUGAAGGCAUUGUCUGUCAGGGGCCUCUGCUAACUUAGACCUCAUGGCCAAGGCUGCAAGAGUCCUGGCCUAGAUUUUUGUCUUCCUUUUUUUGCUGUGUGACAUUGAGUAAGAUACUUGAUUUCUCUGAGUCAGUUUGUUCCUUAGAAAACAAGUUGACCUGGGUACCCUCUGCCACUGUUGUCCUCUGCAUUGAGAGAGAUGCCUCUGUCCUGUGGAGGGGUACAGAGGUCAGGUCAUGGCAUCACUGCAAGGCCACUGAGGAGAUCCCUCACCUUACCUGUGGAGUACAAGUCUGGGAUGCUGAGAAGUGGCUGGGAUAGGGGCUAAGAGAACCUUUGGGAGCCAAUGGUAUCUCUGCCUUUUUUACAUCCCAGAAUUUCCUCCAGUAGCUCAUUCCUUUCCUUCAGGUCUUGCUGAAGCUUGUUGCUGCAGACCCGAGGGAUUGGUUACCAUCUGUCUGCCCCCUGGGAGCAGUCACUAUGUGCAGGUACAAACCAUGCGUGUAGGAUGCUUCCCCAGCUAGAACAACCCAAUACCCAGGUUCCUUGGGUUCCAUCCCCACUGAACAGACACUGAGCCCGCCUCUUUCUGGCUUCCUUCCCCUGGCAUCAAACCUUUAUCAGUUCCCAUCUCGGUCUUUUGCAAGGUGACACUUCGGUCUCAUUACCUAAUUCACACCACGGUGCUAAUGACAUAGUGUUUAUUACCCCAGGGGAUGCAUAAUGACGGUAUCAGGAUGGAUCAUUCCCCUGGGGUUUAAAACCCUUCAGGAGUUGCAAGCCUUUCUAACUGGGUUCUCUCUGCCUCAGCUAUGGUUCUGUAAGCCUUAGUCACCUCCUCCUUCUUACCCAGCACCCAGUGCAGGGCCUGAUGUGUUUACCAUGUGGAUUUAAGAGGCACAGGUUGCGGUGACUCACUUUGAGCCAAGCUCUCUGGGUAACCAGAUGGCCUUUGAGCCAGAUACCAGAUGAUUGACAAAGCGUAGGAAUAGGUAGGCACAGUGGCUCUGUGAGCCAGCAGAGAGGCGUGGCAUCUGGGUGGAGGGCGCUGGACUUUUAGGCUUCAGCGUCCAGGGGCAUCUUGGCCAACCAACCUACUCACACAGUCUAUGUGUUCUGUCCUUUUACUGAAGAUGAGGUAUGGGAGGGACAUCUGGUUUCCCAGGUGCCAGAGAAAGGGGCAUGGUAUCACUGGCAUGAAGACCUCAAGUCACUUGCAGAUGGUGUUGGGUGGAGUAGCCAUGGGCCUUGGUUCCCCCUAUGGUGAGCCCUUCUGAGCACUGCCGAGCUCUUGUCAGAGCCUGGUCCACACAACUGCCUUAAGUCUGUCUUUCCAACAUGAAGAGGCCUUCUAUGCCUCCUCACAACCCAUGGCUUUGUCUGGAGAAAACUCUCCUUUUUUUCCUCUGUGUAGCAUCUGCACUGCAGGGGCUGUGGACUGUUGUAGAAGACAAGUGGGUGGUUUGGCUCCGUUUGGGCCUCAGAAGAUGGAUUAUUAGGAAGUGAGGCCUCUUGACACCACACUGAGGAUGGAAAGCCAGCCUUCCUCCCAGUCACAAGGUCUCCUUCUGCCCCCAGAAUUUUUCCUCUCCAGCCUUGAGUACCCUACCCCUCAUACCUGCCACCACCACCUACUUGUUUCUGAGACUGAGUUUCAUGAAUUCCAGGCUGGCCUUUAACUCAAUAUGAUGUUGAGGAUAUUGGGUUCAGCUUUGAACUUGUGAUCCUCCUGCCUCCACCUCUCAAGUGCUGGGGUUCUAGACCCACACCACUUGACUCUGGUGCUGGAGAUCAGACCCAGGGUCCAGGCCUUUGUGCAGGGUAAACAGGCAGCUGAGGCACAUCCAGUCUCUUGGGGUGAUCAUUGUAAAGACUUGUUCAGCCCUUCCCUACCCCGACCCUGUCCCCUGGCUUCUGAUCCUGUGCCUGGCUUGUCCCCUGGUAUCUGCACAGGAUCAGUGGCUCCUGUUACUUAGCCUGACCCUUGGGGGCUCUGAAGCUCAGCUUUUUACCUAGACUUAAGUUGGGUUUGCUGCAAGUCUGAGGGAUGUACAUGUCAAGGACAGCCACCAUGUGAGAGACGUCUGUAAAAACUGCUGAAGCUCAAAAUAGCCAUGGUGUCCAGAGAAGCCAAGAACACUUUUUGUUUUGCUGUCACUACUGAGUAUCCUGUCCCUGUGUCCCCUCAGUCCACCAGCAUGCUUGGAUCUUGGCGUGGACCACAGUGUGUCAAAAUAAUGUGUGUGGUCUUUUUUCUUAGGCCCAGACAGGAAGUCCCUCAUAGGCUAGGCUUGGUAGACUGACCUCUGGGUGGAAGGCUAGCUCAAGUUAGCCAUUCCUGUCUCUCAUCUGUAUCCUGGGGUUGGGGUGUCCCUGCCCGCAUGCACCCUCUUGUUUUUAUAUGUCUCUGGUUCUAAAACCGAGUGUUUGGGCCCUUGGGUCCUGAUUUGUGACUGUUGACUUCAUAGGGUGACAAAGACAACUGGGCUUUGGUUGGGAAAGGAAAACUGGAAUUUUGGAGAUAGAAGUGACCCUGAGGUUGAAAAAAACCCACACUAAGGGGAAAGGAACUUAUUAUAAUACCACAUAGUCCAAGGCACACUCUUUUGUUGCACAGGUGUGUGUGUGUGUGUGUGUGUUUGUGUGGUGUGUGUGUAUGUGUGUGUGUAUAUGUAUGUGUGUUUGUGUGGUGUGUAGUGGUGUGUGUGUGUGAUAUGUGUUUGUGUAUGUAUGUGUGUUUGUGUGGUGUGUGUAUGUAUGUGUGUGUUUGUAUGUGUGUGUGUUGUGUAGUGUGUGUGUUGUGUGUGUGUGGUGUGUGUGUGUAUGUGUGUGUUUGUGUGUUGUGUGUGUAUGUGUGUGUAUGUAUGUAUGUUUGUGUGGUGUGUAGUGGUGUGUGUAUGUAUGUGUAUAUGUGUGUGUUUGUGUGGUGUAUGUGUGUGGUGUGUGUGUGUCUUUGUGUGGUGUGUGUAUGUAUGUGUGUUUGUGUGGUGUGUAGUGUGUAGUGUGUGGUGUGCAGUGUGUGGUGUGUGUGUGUGUUUGUAUGUGUGUUUAGGUGGUGUGUAGUGUAUGUGUUUGUGUGGUGUGUGUGUGGUGUGUAGUGUGUGUAUGUGUGCAUGUGUAGUGUAUGUGUUUGUGUAGUGUGUGGUGUGUAGUGUAUGUGUGUGUGUGUGUGGUGUGUAGUGUAUGUGUUGUGGUGUGUGUGUUGUGGUGUGUGUGUUGUGUGUAUGUGUGCAUGUGUAGUGUAUGUGUUUGUGUAGUGUGUGGUGUGUAGUGUAUGUGUGUGUGUGUGGUGUGUGGUGUGUGUGUGUGUGUGGUGUGUGUGUGGUGUGUAGUGUAUGUGUUGUGUUGUGUGUGUUGUGUGUGUUGUGUGUGGUGUGUGUGUGGUGUGUAGUGUAUGUUUGGUGUGUAGUGUGUGUGUGUGUGUGUGGUGUGUGUAUGUGUGCAUGUGUAGUGUAUGUGUUUGUAUAGUGUGUGGUGUGUAGUGUAUGUGUUUGGUGUGGUGUGUUGUGUGUGUUGUGUGUGGUGUGUGUAUGUGUGCAUGUGUAGUGUAUGUGUUUGUGUUUUGUGUGUUGUGUUGUGUGUGUUGUGUGCAUGUGUAGUGUAUGUGUUUGUGUAUGUGUGCAUGUGUAGUGUGUAUGUGUGUGGUGUGUAGUGUGUGUGUGUGGUGUGUGUGUGCUUGUAGUCUCUGGUCUGUGUCCCCAGUGCUGGUUGAAGACUUGGGUUGCCAUACUGGAUAUUAUAUGAAUGCUGGCACUGAGUGCCUCAUGACUGUGGAGGUACUUUAUCUGCAGAGCCAUCUCCCCAGCCCACCACAGAGCUUUGGAAACUGGCUUAUCAGUUCCUAUGGAUUUAUUUAUUUUUUAUUUUUUGUUCACCAUCAAAGCACUUGCUCAAGAGUAAUACCUCAGUAAUUGUUUGUUGACGGAAAGGCAGGUGAACAUCAUUUGGAAGUCCUGACUGCCAGGCUGUUUGAGAGACUCGAUUUCCAUUGUGAAUUCUUUGCACGUGGAAACGAUUUUCCUGUGGGAUGCUUGCCUAGAGGGAAAAACGUUUUGUGGUAGCAGGUUUGAAAAAUGGAGCCAUUUUGCUCUGACAGAAGCUGACAAGUGCCUGGGACCCCUGAUUCUCAUCUGUAAAGUGGGGAGGGGGCAGGAUCAGCCCCACUGACUUCUCGCAGCCUUGGGCUCUUAAGUGCAUGAAGUCUCAUCUCUUCUCUGGAACUCCAACUUUGGGGAGGGGGUCUUCUUGGGGUCGGGGGAAGGAGCUAGAAUCCUCUGAAGUAGGUAGAAUGCCUUUGUGCCAAUGAGGAACGCUGAUAUGGGGGCUCAGAAAGGAAGCCAGGAGCCAUGGAGUAAUUAAAACACACACAAAGGAAGAAAGGAGAGAGGGGAAAGAAAAAAAAAACACCAUGCUUCAUGGACAGUAUGAGUAAAAGUCAAUGGGCUGAGAAAACCCAGCUCUGAACUUCACAUGACCCCGCGUGCUGCCUGCAGUUUCGACAUCAAAUGCCCCUUGAGUACUCUCAGCCGUCCAGUGAUGUCAGCAGGCCGUGGCCCCACAGGAAGCAGGGCUGCCGUCGGGAUGGCUCAACACAGUCAGCUCCUCCUCCACACAUGAAACCACAGCUCUCCAAGGCAGUCAGAGGGGGGACCCGUCUCAAAGCCUUGGAAAACAAGCUCUCACUCAUCUCUCGGUGGUGUUUGUGCAGGCAGGAGCUGCCCCCACAGAAGAACGGUUCCCUUACAGGCUACCCUGUCUGGAGCCAGUCUGCUCCUUCAGGGGUGCUUACUCUUUUCUGAGACCAGGCUGGCCUCAAAUUCGUGAUCCUUCUGCCAAGGCUUCCUUGGUGUUGGGAUUUUGGUGUGGACCUGAGUUCAGACAACUUGAAUCCACUUACAGAUAAAUGCAUCUGUAACCCCAGUGAAAUUAGACAGAACAGUCCCUGCAAAGUCACAGACAUAGGCAGCAACAGACAAGAGACCAUCUCAAAUGACCUGCACACACAUGUGCCUGCAUUCAAACGAGCAUGUACACACAUGCACACACAAGACUGUAAAAGAAUGAUCGCCUUACUGACAGGUAACCCAUCUGUCAUGAACAGCCUCAGAGUAUGACAUUAUGUGUGCUGAUGAGAGUGUACAACCUCAACACAAAAUGAUUUUAGACGCUCUCCUUUGCCAUGAAACCCCUCCCCCAGAAGUCACUCCUACUCCUCUCCUGGGCUUUGGCACAUCACCUCCUUUCUGUCCUAUGGAUUUGCCUUUUCCAGGAUGGCUUAUGGACUUCACCAGUACACGCUCUUUCUGACCUGCGUCUUUGGUGUAGCUUGCUGUAACAUGUGUCCGCAGUGCUCUGAUCCUUUUAUAUGCCUAAAUAGUACUCCUCGGCAUAGAUAUACCACCUUUUGUUUCUCUGUCCUUCGGAUAAGUUCUUUUUUCUCGUUUGGCUCUUACGAAUAAGGCUGUAACAGUCAUGUGCCUAGUUUAUUUCUUGUAUUUGUUUUUCAUUUAUCCUCAGUAGAUACCUCAUAGUGGAUUAUCAGGGAUGUGUGAGGGUUUCAGUCUCUCCAGAUUUGCUGACACUUGAUCUUGUCUGUCCCUUGUUUUAGCCAUCCUAGUGGAUGUGAGGUUAAAUCUUGUAACUGUUCCUAUCUGCAUUUCCCUGAUGGUGGAAGGUCCUGGGUAGCUCCUCAUUUGCUGUCCACUAUAAAUGGGUCUGGUCUGUUUUUCUGUUGAGCCAUGAAAGGCCCCAUGUAUUUUGAACCUGAGUCUGUGAACUUUUCCCUCUAUUCUGUGGAAUUCUCUUUCACUUCCCUGUUAGACUUUGAUACCCAGAGAUUUUGCUGAACAACAACAACAACAACAACAACAACAACAACUACUACUACUACUAGUACUACUACUACUAAUACUAAUACUAAUAAUAAUAAAAUCUGUUUUCACUUUUCUGAAACUCAUGCCCUUGGAAGCACAAGUCACAGAGGUCUGUCCCCACUGUUUCCCCAAGAAGUUUCUAAUUCAGCUCCUACCUCUUUGCCUUUAUUUCUGUGUAAUAUGUCACGUCAGAACUUAGAUUCCUUCCUUCCUCUCUAAAAAUGUCAAUUUAAUUGCCAGGCACUUAAAGAGGCCAGUUUUUCUCCCACUCAAUUUUACCUUGAUCCUUCGUUCAAGUCUGUUGACAACAAACACAGGGGCUGAUUUCAGUGUUCAGAUGCCUUAGUCAUCCAUGACUGCUCUUCUGCAGUCUUGGUAACUAUAGCUUUAUAGUAUUGACCAACUGUAAAAUAUAUGCAUAUAUAUACAUAUAUAUGUAUACAUAUAUAUAUAUAUAUGGUACCUUCUUAUUAGAUCAACAUAGUUGUCCGUAACUUAAGAAAAGUUCUUCCUCUAGAGAAACCAGAUGCUUCAAGAAUUCUUCUGUAGACCUGAGAAUCGCAUCUUCUUUAAACACCCAGCUGUUGUUUUACUAGCUCCACCCCUCUAGAUUGACAGCUCUGUGAACAGAUCUUGUUUCCCUCACAUGCUCCAGAUUUCUCCGCUGAGCUUCGGGGAGGCAGUUUGAGGUAAAGUAGUUGUCACAGGUGAGGACUUGAGUCAGGUCCCCAGAACAACAAUCAGCCAAGACUCGGAAGCACGCAUGCGUGCUCCUGGUAUUCCUACAGUGAGACUGGGAGGCAGGCACCAGACUCCCUGGAAGCUUGGAGGGCAGCUACCGUGGUGUGAGCAGUGGCCAACAGCCAGAGACCCUGUCUCAAAGGUGGAAAGCUGACCUCUGACCUGUAAACAUGUGCACACCCACACUCAAACGUAUACACAUACACAGAUACACAAACACACACAGAUACACAAAUAUACACACACAUACAUACACAAAUUUUUAUACAUGCACACAUAUACAUAGAUACACAAACACACACACAUACACAAAUAUAUACACAUACAUACACACAAAUAUACACAUACACAGAUACACAAACACACAUACAUACACAAAUAUAUACACAAACACACAUGCACACGUAAUAAAGAAUCUUCACUAAAUUCUACAGUUCACACAGUUGGUUACCUCUUUGUUUCUGUCACCAGGUUGCAGCUAGUGGAGACCAGUUGGGACCAGUUAGAGAUGGAAGUGGUAACCUUGCCUUGCCCUGCAUUUCAGUCUCUUCUUGCCUUGGAGCUUUCUGAGUACAGCCAGCUGGGUGUGUGUGCACCUUUGUCCCAGGAUGCUGGUGGCAUGCUCUGUCUGUCCAUCCUUCUCAGAACUGGAGGGUCUUUCUUGUGCCUCUCUGCCAUGCUUCCCACUUUCCCUGCCUGGUGGAAAAAGCCAGCGUGUGUGAGGGAGGUCCUGGCCCAAGCUGGCCAACUUCUCAUGGAUUUGGGGCCACUGCCACCUCUGGUUGUGCUUGGCAUGGGGAUGGCACUUGGCUGAGAGGCCACCCAGACAGGCAUCUGGGGGCAGGGAACAAGCAGCCUUUAACUCAGUACAUCCGUCGUCAUCGUGGGUGGCCCAGUCCCAGGAAACAGGGCUCUGCUGUUUGCUCAGUAGCUUCUCCUUUUUCUCCUUAGUAGAUAUGGUGAUGGAUCUCUAGCCAGAGGGCGGGGGGCGGGGCAGGUAACUAUUCCAUCCUUUUCAACUGAGAAAAUGGAUACAGUGUGGCUAUGUCACAGGGCUAGUGACAAGAAGAAGUAUGGCCUCAGCAAAGAACACGAACUGGACUCCUUUGACUUGGCUAUCCUCCCUUUUAGAAACAUUUUUUUUUAACAAAACGAACAAAGAAAAAACUAGUCUCAGCUGUAACCCAGGCUAGCCUGGAACUUGCUAUAUAGCUGAGGGUAUCCUCGAACUCCUGAUCCUCCUGCCUUUACCUCCCAAGUAUGAGGAUGACAGGCAGUGCACCUCCACGUCUGACUGUGGUCCUGGGUGUGGAUCCCAGGGCUUCAUUUGUGCUAGCCAAACAGUCUACUGAGUGCAACCUGUCAGAGGCCAGGCUUCAUUGCUUGGGACUCUGAAGUGGGUAAGUACAGUCUCCUCCAUGGUUGAGGCUGUUGACCAGAACUGCCCCCAUGUGGGGCCCGAGAGCCAGCAGAGCCUCCUAAUGACUCCUAGGGACUCCCUGUGGCUUACAGAGAUCUGCUUGCAUUUCUGUUUCCGUGGAGCCUGGCCACUAACCCGCACCUAGCUGUCAGGUCGGAGGCUUCCCUGGGCCUGUGCUCUCUUCUCAGUCCUUCCUUGAGAGCAUGCGUGUGAGGAGACAGCGAAAGCGGAACCUUGCUGAGUGCCUGCAGGAUGCACCAUAGUUCAGUGUCACCGAGAAGAUGCAACCAUAGGAAAGUCACCUGUUCUCCCACACACGUCUCGUCUCGCCCACAGCUUUCUCCAUGGGUAUUCUCAGAACAGAAGUCCUAGAAGAAAGUCACACGGUACUAACAGCCUUGCUCCUGACAGAAAUGUGCUGAACAAGUCACUGGAUGGCCGGCUGCAGGUAUCCCAUCGGAAGGGGCUCCCCCAUGUCAUCUACUGCCGCUUGUGGCGGUGGCCCGACCUGCACAGCCACCAUGAGUUACGGGCCAUGGAGCUCUGUGAGUUCGCCUUCAACAUGAAGAAGGAUGAAGUGUGUGUAAAUCCUUACCACUAUCAGAGAGUAGAGACACCAGUGCUACCUCCAGUGUUGGUGCCACGCCACACCGAGAUCCCGGCCGAGUUCCCCCCUCUGGAUGACUACAGCCAUUCCAUCCCCGAGAACACUAACUUCCCCGCUGGCAUUGAACCCCAGAGCAAUAUUCCAGAAACCCCACCUCCUGGCUACCUGAGUGAAGAUGGAGAAACUAGCGACCACCAGAUGAACCACAGCAUGGACGCAGGCUCUCCAAACCUCUCCCCGAAUCCGAUGUCCCCAGCACACAAUAACUUGGACCUACAGCCAGUCACCUACUGUGAGCCGGCCUUUUGGUGCUCCAUCUCCUACUACGAGCUGAACCAGCGAGUUGGGGAGACAUUCCACGCUUCACAGCCGUCCAUGACAGUAGAUGGCUUCACUGAUCCCUCCAAUUCAGAGCGCUUCUGUCUGGGCCUGCUGUCCAAUGUUAACCGGAAUGCAGCCGUGGAGCUUACAAGGCGGCACAUUGGGAGGGGUGUGCGGCUCUACUACAUUGGAGGGGAGGUCUUUGCAGAGUGCCUCAGUGACAGUGCUAUUUUCGUCCAGUCUCCCAACUGCAACCAGCGCUAUGGCUGGCACCCUGCCACUGUCUGCAAGAUACCCCCAGGCUGCAACCUGAAGAUCUUCAACAACCAGGAAUUUGCUGCCCUCCUAGCUCAGUCUGUCAACCAGGGCUUUGAGGCUGUCUACCAGUUGACUCGCAUGUGCACCAUCCGCAUGAGCUUCGUCAAAGGCUGGGGAGCCGAGUACAGGAGACAGACAGUGACCAGCACCCCCUGCUGGAUCGAGCUACACCUGAAUGGGCCCUUGCAGUGGCUUGACAAGGUCCUCACCCAGAUGGGUUCCCCCAGCAUCCGCUGUUCCAGCGUGUCUUAGAGACACUGGGAGUAAAGGGAUCGGGUUGGGGAGGGCGGGCUUGGGGAAAAUGACCUUGGAAGAUAACUCCAUCCAACUUGGUCUUGUCAAAGAACACAGAUUCUCUCAACUAAGGCACUAACCUGUUUCUGAAACCACAGAAGAUGCCAGCGAUGGACUUUAUGAACAGCUGUGUCUGCUGCAUAUAUGUGCCCCAGGCUGAAGGCCGAGUGUGAUGGCUUCUGAUCUGGUGGCUUGAGCUAACAGGUGGUGUGUCGCCACCUGACUCCUUGUUUAGUGACAGAGAUAUGGGAUGUCACAGUCCAAAAAGAAAGUGCCUUUCUCCAGGACUGGAGUGUGGAGUUCACCUUUGGAGAAGAACUUUUAAUGGAGCAUGCCCUGUCUCCCCACUCUCACAGAGAGGGUCUGUGUACCUAGGGAACUGGAUGGCCUACGCAGGUACUUUCCCCCACCCCCAGAAUGCAGAUGGGAACAUGCUGGAGAGUAAAGCUGGUGAGAACCGCUUCUUCCUUGGAAGGACCUGCUGAAGCUCAGCCAUGUAUGUGAUGUGUAGUUCCUAGUAUCACAUCGAUCUCAAGAGAUACGGAUGUUCAAGUGUUCGCAACAAGGGCAGUCGUGGAGUACAUGUCCUGGGUGAGGUGGUACCACAUUGAAUGAAUACAUCUCUGGAAGCUGGCACCACUUUCUGAUGUGUAGGCCAUGUUGGUUUAUGGAGACAGCUGCAUUAAUGAAUUCACCUAGCACAGGCUCUUUGGAUGUCUUCUGUUUGAUGAAAACAGUCCUGGGUACAUAUGUUGGCUGGAAAACCAAAGAGGACCCAGUCUCUGCUUCUUGCCCUGAGGUUUGGAAACUGAGAGUUAUAGAAGACACUUCACCAGGAGGUUAAGACAUCCCAGGCUGACAUGGGCAAAUGAAAGGGCUAUUAAAGUUUUUUUACACCUUGGAAAAUUGCAGGCUUGGUGCAGAGACCUGUCAUCUUCACCCUGGGAUGUAAGAUUACCUGGCUCCGGUAAAGGAUUGCCACCAAAAACUGCUGCGGUGAUCCUGUGUGAUGAGUACUGUUCGCAGUGGCAAUCACAGAGAAAAUGAGUAUAAGUUAUUUCAACUGGAAAAAGAGUCCCUUUCCUGGCUGUUCCAGAACAGCACAUAGGAUCCCACCUGCAACUGGUACUCUCUUCUUGGCUGCUGUUUCUGUUGUGAAAUGAGGAGCCCAUGUUUUCGCAUGGAUUUCCCGUGGAAGUCCUGUCCUGUUCCAGAGGGGACAAAAGUGCACCCUCCAAUGUGAUAAAUCUUCUGAUGAUCCAGAGGCUCUGGGGCAUAUCCUGGUGCCUCUCCUGCAGGAGCUGUGCCCUCAGAAGCUCUGGGCAGGAUGUUUCCAGCUAGGCAUGCUGAUCCUCCUUCAGACACAGAUGCCUGUCUGAGUCUCUCCCAGGCUGUUGAUACAGAACUCAAAGACAAUUCUGAACAACCCCUCAGGUUCUCUGAAGGGGCACAGACCCCGGGUGUGAACAUUGUGCCGGACUUGACAUGGUCUGUGGACUGCUGCUUCAGACACAGGAAGUCCUCGGAACUGCCUACCUGUUCUGCAUGCUCUGAGUCAGAACACAGAGACACUUUGGUGUGGCUUCUAGUAUUCAUGGUCCUCUCUUCUCAGCCAUGGCAGAGGUUCGUGUCACUUGCUGCCUGGUCUCCUAGGGGUUUCCUGUGCCCGUCCCCCCAGCCAUCUUCCAGGUGACUAUGGCACAGUCCAUUCUGCUGCAACUGGAAAGUAUAGAGAACCUGUACUGCUCAGAGCAGACGGCUGCUUCUGGAGGCACGCAGUCGGGAGCAUGCCCCGUCACUGUCCAGUUGCUGAAGAAAGCUUACAGGAAGUUCUAGGCAGGUCUACUUUCGGCAUCCUUGAAAGUAAAAGGUUUGGAGUCUAGGAAGGGCCACGCCACUGUGGAGAACAUAGUUCCUUUGGGUACAUGUAAUCAAAGUGUCCUCCCAAAUUAGUUUUCCUUCUUUUAUGAACAGCAUUUCUACUUUUAAAGAACAGUUGAGAAUUGAAAGGAAAACAGUGCAGUAGCUGGUGUGGCCUUUAAAGUGUGGUUCUGCCAGGUGGCCUGACUGCAUGUGCUGACACUGACCCACAUGGCUAGUGCUGGGCAGAGGUCUUUGCCUUCAGCACCCCAGAGAAGCUAACUCUGCACCCCUCUCCUUCCUCAGCGCUUGUUCAGGUAGCCCCAGCCAUGUGGCUUAUAGUCAUGUGCUGGCCUGUCAUGGGCAGUUGGCUACCUUCCAGAUGGCUGUAGAAAGACCAGGCAUUUUGAGGAAAGCCUAGAGUGGAGAGCAGGGACUUUCUUAGGAAGAACACAAGGCUGCUGGCAGACUUCUCCACUGACCUGAGAGUGUGUUGUAUAUUUUUUUACUCAGUAACGUAUUGCAUCAAGCCUUGGUGCUUAUGGGGUGCUGUGGUCUUGAUCUUCCCCAGUUUGCUUCUCAGAGCUGGGAUGUAUUCCAGAACCUGAUGUUUUUAUUCAAACCACAGAAAGGUUGUUUUUAAGUAGUAUGUGCAGUCACGCAUGUGCCUGAGUUGUCUGGGGCAGAGGCAAGUAUCUGACUUCAUUCUUAGCCCCAGGCUGCCGUUUCUGAGUUUCAGUCCUUGAGAGGCUGGGAAGGCACAGAGCUCUGGCUCUGCACUGUUCUUACUGAGUGACUAGGUGUGAGCCCUUUACAUUAGAGGGAACCUGGUUUGAGCUCACUUGUACUUUGUGUGGCGUUAGUGUUCCAUUACUGGCCCCUCUAAGUAAUGGUCUUCACAGUGCACAGCAAGUUCCCAGUGUGUAGAAAGCCAUACACCAGGAUGUGGGUCAACCAUGAAGAUGUGGCAUUGCAGACAGGGGAACAUGUGGAUGCAUGGCUAUCACCUUGAGCAGCCCCUGCAGUUGCUUGUGUUAACACAAAAGUGUUUAGCAUUCUGCCGCUUUUAUAUUUAUGUAAUAACUCUUUAAAGCCAUUCAGAUGGAUAACUAUUUAAUUUCUUAAAGACAGUUGUAAAGGUCUCUCUCUGAGGACAAUGACUUGGUAAAACUGGGGCACAGCCAGUCCCAGACACUGGUCGUGGCUACAGUGGCUUUUUGGGCUCAGGAUCAACACGCAUCAGAGUAGACUGGGCCAACAUGUGGUGGCGUGUGCAAACAGGCUGCCCUAGACCAGCCCAGGCCCUUUGACAGCACGUCCUCUGCACCAAGGCCCCUCCCUUCUGGAAGUGGAAAACUUCACAAGGAAAUUGGAGCCAUCUUUUAUCCCAGAAGCCUUUGCUGCUGCCAGGGCAAGUGGGCUGGUGUGGACUCUUGUUUGGGGAUGUUUGGAGGCUGAGGUUAUAUCACUCCUUAGCUAGCCAGGCCUUUAGUAUCUUUGUAAAAAGCAUGUAUUUAUAGUGUUUUAGAUUUUUUCUAACUUUUGUAUUUUACAGCAUUGUACCCCAUUGUUAAAGAGCCAUGUCCCCUCUUCUUAUAAGCGCCCUUCUAAUAAACUUUUCACCGUAAAGCUCCUGAGCCAGGAGCGCGGUCUGA